AUGGGUAGCUCCAGCGUUCUUGUUCAUCACCUGAAGAAUGGCUUUGGCCAUGCUGGAUGGGAGUGUUUCCAGGAGGCUACUGGGAACAUCGGUCCAAAUGGUGAAGAGAGCUUCAUCGAGGACAUCAACCGUCUGGAACCGAUGGCCAUUCGUCCGCCCGAGGAAUGCGGUCCGCGCCAUGUUGACCCUGUGAAGACGACGGCGGCCAAACGUCCCCCGGGUGCCAAAAUGAUGCCAGUGUGCUUCAUCGUCGCCAUCCUGCUGAUGAGCAGCGCCGCGGCGGUUUCAGCGCAGUUUAACGGAUACAACUGUGACGCCAACCACCACAGCAGGUUUCCUGGCGAGCGGGACAUCAGCGUGUACUGCGGCGUCCAGACCAUCACGGUGAAGAUCAACUUCUGCCCGGUGCUGUUCUCCGGCUACAGCGAUACGGAUUUGGCCCUCAACGCGCACCAUCACGACGCCCAGUGCCGAGGCUUGGUCAACAACAACACCUUCCCCACGGCCGUGGUGUUCAGCAUCGCACUCAGCACCUUGGAAGCAUGUGGAAGCAGCCUGGUGGUCAGCACCGCCCACGGGCCCAACGCCUACGGGAAUACGUCGCUGGUCCAAAUUGGACACGUCUCCGGCUUUAUCGAUACGCCCGAUCCACCGACCGUAAUCAGCUACCUUCCCGGGUUGUUGUACAAAUUCAGCUGCAGCUACCCGCUGGAGUACCUGGUCAAUAACUCCCAGCUGGCAUCCUCCUCUGUGGCGAUAUCCGUGAAGGACAGCAACGGCACCUUUGUGAGCACACUGAGUCUCAUGCUGUACAACGAUUCAACAUACAACCAAAUGCUUGCCAUCCCAAUGGCCGGCCUAGCUCUGAAAACCCGAGUGUUUGCAGCAGUGAAGGCCACAAACCUGGACAAACGUUGGAACAUCUUGAUGGACUACUGUUACACAACGCCCUCAGGGAAUCCGAAUGAUGAACUCCGCUACGACCUUUUCCUGGGCUGCUACAAAGACCCACAGACCACUGUUUUCGAGAAUGGGAAGAGCCAAAUGGGUCGCUUUUCCUUUGAGGUUUUCCGUUUUGUGAAGCACAGACACCAGAAGAUGUCGACGGUGUUCCUGCACUGCGUCACCAAACUGUGUAAGACGGAUGACUGCAUCGUGCUCAUGCCGAUCUGUGGGCGGCGGCGUAGGCGGGAUGAAGAAGCCAGCUUGUCUUCCCUUCCAGCUGCAAGUGGGAACGCCAUCAUCAGUGCCGGGCCCAUCAUUACCAGGAGUGAAGACACUCCCGUCAACAACUCUCAACUUGCACCAGGCGACUCCUCCCAGCUGAUGAACCCAGUGACCACUGCGCUGAUCUCGGGUGUGGUCAUCCUCGGUGGCAUCAGCGUUGGCUUUGUCCUGCUGUCACUCCGCCUCCUGCAGAAGUCCCGCCUACCCUCGGUGCCAGCAGCCUCAGGAGCUUGGAACCCCGCUUUUAAAUGAAUAUGUAAAUUAUCAACAUAUCCUAGUUAUUUGUACACAUGAUGAAAUAAGUUCCGGAUUAGACUUUCCUACACGGCGGCUAGAUAGUUAGAUCAUUUUAUUAGAAGGUUGUCAAAACCAUGAAGACAAAGCGGUGCAUUGAUGGGUGCAUUGAAGUAUUGCUCUACCAUAUUGAUUUGUGAAAUAAACAACCGUAGCGACAGAAGGUUCACAAUACAAACUUUGCUGCAGUGCAGUGAUUGAUGAAAAAGUUUAAGGUCAGGUUAUGUUUUAGCCUUUUUUCCAUUUCAUUUUUAGAUUUUUAUACCAAUAAAAGAUGAUA